AUGAGUUCCGGCUCUGAUGAUGUCCAUCACAUGAUGGACGAAAGCUCAGCCUGUUUUAACCUGAAGCGAGGGAGGAUGCCUCGUGGAUUGCGCCAACCUGAACGUCGUAUUAAAGCCAAAUGGCUGCAGUACAACGGGAUUAAGCCGCUCGCUUUUGUUGAGCUCAACCUAAGAAUCUGUUCACGCAUUUUCAUACUAAAUGAAGGUCUCCCCAGGAGAUCUCAAGAGAUUCAUCGAUAUCCAGUUACUCUUCGUAUCUAG